AGUGGUUGUCUGUUAGUAUAACAGUUUCAUCAUAAUAACCACAACUGAUGAUCAAGAAUUAACACUAUAGAUGGGGUCACGAAAGUCUAAAAUGUGAAUUGUUUUUAAGAUUAUUCACUCCUAACGGAAAGCUGCAAUCAAGAGACAAAACUCACCCAAAUCAUGUAGCUCAAGAGCAGAAAUUGUUAGAAGAUUUUAGUUUCAGGAAAUAAAUCCACCUUUGCAUGACUUAGCCGCCAGCUUAUCGAGUCCGAAAAUAAUGAGGACGAUGGCGACAACAUAGUUUUCAAAGAAGAGAUGGCUAUGGCAAGUCCUGAUAAGUUUAGCAAAGAACAAUUGAACUACUUUCGCAUUUGUCACGUGACAGCUCACGUGACUGAUGGCCUUCGUAAAGUGUUCAAACAAGAAUGGGAUGCUCGCUAUAAGACAUCGCAUGGUGAAUGGAAUGACACUGCAAAAAAUGGAAUUGAUUUCUACAGCCUGACACCACCAAAAGAGCAAAAGWCGAAAGCAAAAGAACUUUCUAUCAUUAGAAAUGGSAACRCYAUGGAAUGGGACUGUACGUGUCUGUUUUAUGCAAUACUUUACUCUAAGUGUAUUGGAAAGAAUAAGCUUGACCCAAAGGUAAAGAAAGCUGUUGAUGACCUGAGACAGUAUCGMAAYAAAUUUGCCCACACACCUAAAUACAAAGUAACUGAUGCAGAUUUCCAGGCUUCAGUAMAAGAUGUAAUCAACGCUUUCCAUGAUUUGAAACUUGACACAAUUGCCAUCCAAAAUAUGAAAUCCCAAACAAGUUUUCAAACGGAGGAGCUUGAGAAAAUCCAGGAACAGUUGGCUAAAGAGAAAAGACGUAACCAGGAGCCACAGACAUUUUGUGAUUUGCCACCAAAGCCAUCACAUGAAGUCAUCCCACGCUCAAGCGAAGUAGACAUAAUAAUGGAAGAGAUGAAAACUUUACAAAGUCUUCAUCCAAACGAGGUGACACAUGUCUACUUGUCAGGAAAUCCCGGCUGUGGAAAAAGUGAAACAGCAAGACAAAUUGGCCAAAAUAUCUUUGAUAAAAAUAGGAGUGCUUCUUCACCGACAUUUGUUGCUACAAUUAAUGCAUCAAACGUGGACACAGUACUAAGAUCGUAUAUUGACUUCGCUCGUCAACUUAGAUUAGACGAAGGUUACAUCCAAAGUAUUGAAAAGUCAAAAUCCGAUUCAAAACCAGAAGAUACAAUUUUGCAUCUGAUGGGACUUGUUAUUCAGAAAUUGGAAUUGUUCUCCUCGUGGUUAAUGAUAGUGGAUAACGUGGUUGAUCUUAAGAAGUCGUCCCAUUUUUUUCCUCUUUUAGGGCAAAAUCUAGGAAGAGGACAAAUCUUGAUCACCACACAAGAUGGUCAAUCGAUCCCUCUAGCAAGUUCUAAAGUCUACCACAAAUCUCUAAGUAAAGGAAUGAAACCUGACGAUGCUGUAAAUGCUUUAUAUACAAUCUCACAGCAACACGAGGAUCCUGAAUCCAUUGCGCUUCAACUUGCAAGAGAACUAGAUUUUCAACCACUCGCUCUUGUCUGUACUGCAGUCUACAUGAAUUUAGUCAGUCAACAUAACUCCACCUACACCUGGUCCAAAUGUCUUACAAAGAUCCAAGAAGGAAAACUGCAACAAACUGAAAAACCAUACCUCGAAACAAGCGGUCAAGUCUAUCUACAAACAAUGACAACAGCUGUGAGGAUGGCUUUAGACAGAGUGGUGAAAGAAGACAAGAUCAUGAUGCUUACGUUUGAAUAUUUAUCAGUUCUUGCUCAGGAUCCAAUACCAAUAAAGUACGUUGUUCAAUAUGUUCAGCUGUUUAUGCCUGAUGAAGCCGAAGAGUUGAUAGAAGCUCACAUUGCUCGCUCUUCUCUUGUUCUCUGUUCUGAUGAUAGUCAGGAUGUCCGUGUACAUCAGAUUGUACACAGGAUAYUACAAGAGACCUYAAGACCUAYAUUUGAAGGSGAYUGCGUUAGGUUGUCAAARGUAAUCAKAUCUUUUUCUCACCUMAAUUKGAGUGACAAUUUGAGUGAUGACGAAGCAAKAGAUAWCAAUUUUGUACRAGMUACAAGAUCUCUUACACCACACUUUACARCUCUAGUUGGAAUCSUCCAAUCWAAUCUGCAGCUCUUUCAAACGUCAAAGGYCUUGAAUGAAAGUACCAGGCUUGCUGUAGCAAAAUGUCUAUCGCGUUCUAUUGGUGAAGCAUGUGUUCUAAAUGGUGAAUUAAUGUCUUCAAGAUCUUGCUUUGAAAUCUCUUUGGCUUUAUAUGAUAACAAUUCAAGCGAAGCAGCGAAUAUUCCAAUACUACAAAAUAGACUUGGAGAAAUUCUUUACUACCUUCAAGAACAUUCUGAAGCAAAAUUAUAUUUUCAACAAGCACUGAUAAGAUUUCGUUGUUCAUCCAAUGACAACGAUGAGAUAGAGUGCAGUUAUUACUUGAGAGCAGUUACAAAUCUAGCACUAGUUCUUUCUACACUARAGGAAUUAAGAGAAGCUGAAAGAUUCGUAAAUAAAUCAAUACCACUGGUGAAAAAUUGUCGCAACACUCCUUUUAUAGGAAAAAUAUUGAACAAUUUGGCAAUGACUUACUAUAAAAUGAACAAAGUUGAAGAAGCAAAAAACUUUAUGCACGAAGCUCUUGCUAUUGAUCAGAAAAAAUUUGGCAUGGAACAUCCAUGUYUAUGUGAGAGAUAUAAUGAUCUUGGUUUGGUACUGAAGAAAAUAGGAAAACAUGCUGAAGCCAAAGAAUAUUACGAAUUAGCGAUUCGAAUUGAAGAAACUUACCACCACAAAAAUAGCCCAUAUUUAGCUACAACACUCACAAAUCUUGGAAUUCUGCUUAACGAUCUCAGACAGUACGAGGAAGCCAAGAAGUGCAUGGAAAGAGCAGUUGCUAUUGACGAACGUAUAUAUGAUGACAACCAUCCAGAGUUAGCCAGAGAUUUAGAUAACCUCGGUUUGGUGCUUCGUGAUCUCAGACAGUACGAGGAAGCCAAGAAAUGCAUGGAAAGAGCAGUUGCUAUUGCCGAACGUAUAUAUGAUGACAACCAUUCAACAUUAGCCACUUAUUUACAUAAUCUCGGUUUGGUGCUUCGAGAUCUCAGACAGUACGAGGAAGCCAAGAAAUGCAUGGAAAGAUUUCAGGAGAUAAAUCCACCUUUGCGUGACUUAGCCGCGCCAGCUUAUCGAAUACGAAAACAAGACGAUGGCGACAACAUGGUUUUCACAAGGAAGAGGUUAGUGGAAUUCUGCUACGAUGGUAAUUUCUGCGGUUUUAAAGUUCAGUUUAAGGUGGAUCACAACUAA